AUGACGAGAGGAUAUUCGUUAGAACAAGAUUUAAAAUUAUUAAUAGAUAAUGAAAAAUGUAGCGAUAUAGAAAUAUUAUGUGAAAAUGAAAAGAAAUUAUAUGGUUCUAGAGCAAUUUUAGCGGCAAGGUCUGAAGUAUUUGACAGAUUACUUUAUAGUGGGAUGAAAGAAACCCAAAUUUCUUUUCCAAAAAUUAAUUCUUUCGUAAUGAAUAUUAUAUUAGAAUAUAUUUAUACUGGUUCAAUUAAUAAAGAAUCUUUAAAUAAAAAUAACAUAAUUGAAACUUAUUAUGCUGCAGAUAAUUUUAAAUUACCAUCACUUCAGGAAUUUAUUAUGAAUAUUAUUAAAAAUGCGGAUUAUUUGGAAAAUUAUUCACCAGAAUUAUUAUCCAAAAUUAUGGAUAUAAUGUCAUUAUCAGAAAAUAAUAUUCUUCUAAAUUUAUUGGUUGAAACGGUAUCAAUUAUACCAUUGGAUACUAUUGAACCUGAUCGAUUAUCUAUUAAAGCACUUCGACAUCUUUUAUCCUGCACGUAUAAAAAAGAAAAACCUUUUGCCACUCCAGAAUAUGAAGUUUUUCGAUAUAAUGCUAUUCUUGCAGCAAAACAAGUUUCUAAUGGUGCGUAUGAAACUCUUAUGGAACAGUUACCGGCCUUAGACCAAAUAGAGGAUUCAAACCAAGUACGUAAUAAUUCUAUUACUGGUCAUCAAAAAGUUGCCAAUGAAUUGGAGCCUUUGGCUCAUUUUAUUGAUUUUAGUCAAAUAGAAAGUCAAAUUUUAUCCGAUAUUAUCGAACCAUUAGAAAUCACUCCAUCUAAUAUGAUUGUAAGUGUUUAUCGUCAGAUAGCUAAAUCAAAUAAUUUAUUUCCUAGUGGAGUUCGAGGAAUAUCAAUGUAUAAAUUUACAGAAUCAGAUUAUGUUUGGGAUGAAUCAGCAUGUGGAUCAAUUGAAGACAAUGGAAAAGUUGUGCAUGCACCGGAUGGUUGUGGACAUCUAAGUGUUAGAGCUAAAAUGCCAUUAGAUUAUAAAGGAAUUUUUGAAUGGAACGUUAUUAUUGAAAAAUAUUGUGUUGAUACUUGGGUUGGGGUAUGUGCAUCAGAAAAUUUUGAUUAUGAAAAGCGGGCAGGAUAUCAAUCUACCGGUUGGGUAUUAGGUUCCUAUGGUCAUUUUAAGAAUUCUAAUAAAGGAUCAAAUUAUUGUUUACAAUUUAGAAAGGAUAAUACAAAAAUAACUGUUCACCUAAAUAUGUAUAAAAAAACUUGUGCUUUUUCAAUUGAUGGUACAAAGUAUAAGGAAAUAUCAGUGAAGGAUUUACCGUCAAAACUUUUUCCAGUAGUAUCAAUAAGUCAUCCUGGUCGUCUUCGAAUUCUGCCUUAUCAAAUAAUUCGAUAA